UCAGAGUUUCACUCUGCUACCUAUUCGUACUCACAACUCCGAGCUCCACCGUGAGCCUCCCUAUCCACAACGACUACCAGUCUACCAUGACCGAGCACCGCUUCAUUAUCGUAACAUUUCCCGCUCAAGGCCACAUCAAUCCAUCCCUCCAAUUCGCCAAGCGUCUCAUUCGCAUCACCGGUGCGCAUGUAACGUUCGUGACGUCCCUCUCCGCCCACCGCAGCAUUGGCGAUGGCUUAAGUACUCCGAGCGGCUUCACCUUCGCUCCAUUUUCUGACGGAUACGACCAAGGGUUUCGACCUGAGGACGAUACUCAGCACUACUUGUCCGAGAUGGCGCGACGUGGCAAGCAAGCAAUCAGGGAUCUUGUCGUUUCUAGCGCAAGUCAGGGCCAACCAUACAGUUGCAUAAUGAGCACCUUACUUCUGCCAUGGGUGGCGGAGGUGGCACGUGAACUCCACCUCCAAACCGCAGUUGUUUGGAUACAGCCCGCCACAGUUUUCGACAUAUACUACUACUACUUCAACGGCUACAAAGAUAUAAUAACCAACAAUACUGCUGCUAAAAGCGACCCUUCCUAUGCCCAAGAAUUACCAGGACUGUCGCUAGCUUUCAAGAGCCGCGACCUUCCUUCCUUUCUUGUGGCUUCAAAUCCGUAUAGUUCUGUUCUCCAAUUUUUUGAAGAACAGUUUGAGAAGCUCGGGCAAGAAACCAAGCCAAUCAUACUUGUGAACACCUUCGAUGCCCUAGAAUCGGAGGCGUUGAAAGCAAUUGACAAGUACAACCUGAUAGGAAUCGGGCCUUUAAUCCCAUCGGCUUUCUUGGACGGCAAGGAUCCGUCCGAUAAAUCAUUCGGAGGCGAUCUUUUCCAGAAGUCGAAGGACUCAGCGUGCCUAGAAUGGCUGAACUCAAAGCCAAGAGAAUCUGUCGUCUACGUCUCAUUUGGGAGCAUUUCCGUGCUGUCCAAGAUUCAAAUGGAGGAAGUUGCAAAAGGGUUGUUGGACUGUGGACGUCCGUUUUUGUGGGUGAUUAGAGAAAACCAAAAGAGUGGAGAAGGUAAGGAAGGGAAAGAAGAAGAAGAGCUGAGUUGCAUGGUGGAACUAGAAGAGCAUGGGAUGAUAGUCCCGUGGUGUAGUCAAGUAGAGGUUUUGUCACAUCCUUCUCUGGGUUGUUUUGUGACACAUUGUGGCUGGAAUUCAACUCUUGAGAGUUUGGUUUCUGGUGUGCCGGUGGUUGCGUUUCCUCAGUGGACAGAUCAAGGCACUAAUGCCAAGUUGAUAGAGGACAUGUGGAAAACAGGUGUGAGGGUAGCACCGAAUGAGGAAGGUAUUGUCAUCGGUGAGGAGAUAAACAGAUGUUUGGAUUUGGUGAUGGAAAACCAAGAGAUGAGGAAGAACGCUAAGAACUGGAAGCAUCUAGCGAAAGAAGCUGUGAGUGAAGGUGGGUCUUCUGACAAAAAUCUUAAGGUCUUUUUGGAUCAGAUUAGAGAUGGUUGUUCUCUAGCGUAAAAAGAUUAAUUCAUGUUUAUCGACAAGUAAUAGCCACGUCAUCGCGAAGUGUACCAUUUUUCAUUCACUCUAUUCUCUCCUAUCCCAUAAACCCCACUUUGUAAGUUUUUCGGUAGAUUGGUAGGAACUUUUCGACAAGAUGAUUGUUGCUACUUGCUAGUGAUUAAGAAAUUGGGAGUGGGUUUCGUUUUCCAAAGCUCUAAUCAAGUAGUACUACUCUUUCAACGAAACCUACUCACCCUUUUGAAAGACUUCUCUAGCUUUAGGGCCAAUAGGACGGUUUUGGUUUAGGUUUAGGCUAAACUUAAUCGGACCAAUACUCUAUAGUUUUGCUUCACAUUUACCACAUUACAUGCAAACGAAACACCAAGAAAGAUCACGUAUAUAUCUUCACCGUUGAGAGAGAGAGAGAGAGAGACCACAUCAGACAUAUCUCUACUCAUCGAUCUCAUAAAAGAGAACCAAAUUGGGUUCUGCACAGCGUUGAGUACGUCGUCCAAGAGUAACAUAUGUCGGGAUUGAGAUAAUUAGAUCUGACUUUGAUUUGGCUGCCUGCUGCUCUCUGAAGCUUCGCAUGCAUUUCAUACG